UAAUUUUAUACAAUUUUUGUAUAAUUUAUAAAAUUAAAUAUUAUUUAAAAUGAAUCUGUAUAUUAUAUUUAUUGUAACUUUUCUAAAUUUCUACGUUAAUGGAGAGCUUACAAAUAGGCUGACUAUGGUUAGGGGUCGACCCAACGGCAUGUUUGGUAUGGUUAGACCACCCGUUCCUGAUCCGGAUGAAGUACUUAAGGAAAUUAAACCGCAAUACUAUGACCAGAGACUCAACCAUUUGGACGCUAAAGAUAACCGCACUUUCAAACAGAUCUAUUACACCGACGAUUCCCACUACAAAUCUGGUGGACCGGUAUUUGUGUAUAUAGAGGGGGAGGCAAACGCCAGUCCCGAGUGGAUCACCAGUAGCGCCAGUUAUGUAGUGCAAAGUGCCAAACAAUUCAAUGCAUUUCUAGUAUUAUUAGAGCACCGGUAUUACGGAGAGUCCCAACCUUUCAACGACACAACCGUUGAACACCUUAAAUACCUGUCCAGUGAACAGGCGUUGGCCGACACGGCGGAGAUCUUACAGUAUUUGACCAAAAAGUUGUCACUUUCAGGCAAAGUGGUUGUGUUUGGGGGCUCUUAUGCCGGAUCAUUGGCCGCCUGGUUCAGAGAGAAGUACCCCAACAUAGCUGUCGGUGCCAUAGCGUCCAGCGCUCCCGUGUUGGCUGAAGUGGAGAAGUACCCCAACAUAGCUGUCGGUGCCAUAGCGUCCAGCGCUCCCGUGUUGGCUGAAGUGGACUUCAAAGAGUAUUUCGGUGUCGUUAGCGACUCAUUGGGAACGGAGUGCUCACAGAAUAUUAGGGAAGCCACGCAAGCAUUGGACGAAUUGCUGACAACACCGGAAGGGGUGAAAAAAGUGCGACAAAUGUUGAAUCUGUGCGAUACCUUUAACGGCACCGACAGCCUAGACGUCGCUUAUUUGACAUUCACUUUGUCGGUAACAAUAGGCGCUGCCGUUCAGCACAAUGCGGGCAUCGAUGGUAUUUGUCGCACAAUGAAUGACUCGAGUGUUGGCACUCCGUUGCAAAGAUAUGCUAAAGUGAACGGUUUACCAGGUUAUAAUUGCAGUGAUAUCAAGUUCACUGACAUGGUUAAGUCAUUGGAUCACACGAUUAAGAUAGGGGUUGGAGCGAGACAAUGGUUUUAUCAGAUGUGCACUGAAUUCGGUUACUUCUGGACAACCAAUGUGAAAGACUGUAUAUUUGGCCACAACGUGCCCGUCCACUUUUACAAUCAAAUCUGUAACGACGUGUUUGGGUCGCAAAUCACGCCCCAAACCAUACAGAAAGCGGUGGACACCACUAACACCUACUACGGAGGCCGUCAGCCCAAUGUGACAAACGUAGUCUUCCCUAACGGCUCACUGGAUCCGUACCACGCGUUGGGUGUACUCCACGACCUCAAUAACAGCACCAAAGCCGUGAUGAUCUCAGGUCAAGCCCAUGGCGCUGAUAUGAUCUACUCGGCCAAUGAGACCCAGAGUCUAAGGGAUGCCCACAAUUUGAUUACAAAUGAAUUGCAAGAAUUUCUCAAAUAAUUGUAUUGUUUGCUAGCAUUACAG